AUGACGGUCAACAGCCCACCUGAGUUUCUACAAAAUAAUCUUGAACAAAACGCAAGCCAAAGCGCGUCCCAACCAGAAAUUAGUAAUGAAGCAGGACCUGCUUAUAAUUCAACCCCAUGUGGUUUCCGAAUGGAAAAACCAAAAUUGCCCAAAUUUUGUGAUGACGUGCGGGAAUAUGCAAUUUUUCGCGCAGAUUUCAAGCACGCGAUCGAAUCAAAAUAUUUGAAAAGAGACGCGAUAACAUUGCUACGUACUUGUCUGAAAGAAAAGCCGCUUGAGCUAAUAAAGGGAAUUGGUUCCGACUAUGACGCGGCAUGGGAAUAUUUAGAUUCAAUAUACGGGGACCCGCGGUUUGUUUCUGACACGAUCACUCAGGACAUAGCAAAAUUUAAACCGUUAGAAGAAGGCGAAGAUGUGCGUCAUUUGGUAAGACGUAGCUAUAACACGCUAAAGGAGGUUGGCGUUCCGAGCGACAUGGACAACAGCCACAUGCUAUCAAUAAUUGAACAAAAGAUGUGCCCAGAUGAUCGAAAAGUUUGGUCAAGAGAUUUAGAAAGAGAGCGAAAACCAGCAACGCUGAAUGCUUUGAUGACGUGGAUGACGAGCGAGAUGAAGUCGCGCAUGCGUGCGACAGCUCCAGUUAGAAGUGGUUUAACAAAUCGACGCAAAAUCAAUCACUUGCACGGCGAAAUCGAAGGCGGGAAUAAGAGCAGAAACAAGUGUUGGCUGUGCAACAACUCAAGUCAUUGGCCAGACCAGUGUCAGAAGCUUGCAGCAAUGAGUGUUGAAGAGCGACUCGUAGCGGCGAAAGAGAAUCACGUUUGUUUCAGCUGCUUAAAGAAAGCAGGUCGUGAUCAUCGUCAAGCAAAUUGCAGUCGGCGAAAGCAAUGCAACAAAGUUGAGAACGGAAGCCAGUGUACCUUCAGCCACCAUCCUUUGCUACAUAAAUCGAGCGCAGUGGGUGUCACUUUAGCAUCUGUUACCAGCCAGAAAGAUUUCAUGUUGCCAGUGAUUGCUGCCAACAUUUGCGGUCCAAACGGGUUGUACAAGCGUGGGAACGUCCUUCUGGAUUCAGGAGCGCAGAUAAGUUUAAUACGGAGCAAAACAGCAGACAGUCUCGGACUGAAAGGGAGAGACAUCUCAGUGAACAUAAUCAAAAUAGGUGGAGAAGAGGAAUCAAUUCAUACGAAAAUUUACAAAGUACCAGUAAGCGGAAUCGGUGACCCAAAGAAACAUUCUGUGAGAGCAAUUGGUAUUCCAUGUAUUAGCGAGGAAGUUAAAAGUGUUCAAACCGGAACUAUCAUUGAGAAACUUGGCCUACCAAAAGACCAAGUAGUUAGACGAGGCAAAGGACAUGUCGAUCUGCUCAUCGGGAUUGAUCAUGCACACAUGCAUACCGGUCAAACAAAGCAAGCCGACCACCUAGUCGCCAGAAGAUCCCCAUAG